AUGGUGCGACCUCAAGAUCGCUCGAAAGCCUACGGUCAAAGAGCUCAUGGGCACGAACCGGACAGACGUUCCACAGGAGGUGGGCCCCACCAAGGGUCACGAAGUGGUUCUGACAUGACAAGACGGAAAAUCCGUGAGAUCGACGAAGAAGGUAUGGACGAUUUUGUCAACGAUUUUGAAGAGAUGGGCAUGGACGCAGGCAGAAAUUCCACAUCAGGCGGUCCUCAAGGCAGACGAGGUACCGGACGCCGUUUCUUUUAUGACAUGGACGAUUUCGACGAAGAGGACAUCGAUCCCCGUAGACCAUCGGCACGAGGUGGACCCCAGGGGAGAAGAGACACAAGACCUCGUCACUUGGACAACAUGGACGGUUUCGAAGGAGAGGAUAUUUAUCCCCGUAGAGCAUCGACACGAGGCGGACCCCAGGGGAGACGAGGCGUCGGACCUAGAUACAUGGACGAAACCUCUACCGAUAUGGUCCCAUACGUAGCAGGAAGCGGUUAUGGAUCGAAGGCUCAAACUGCAAACCCUUCAACUGCCAAAUCAAAGCCGUCUCUCGGCGAACUUGAAGCUGAGCUUGAUAGAGUCGAAAUGGAACAAGAACGGCUCGGGGACAAGAUUAUGCAAAUCAAGAUGGAGAUUUACAGAAUAGAGCCCGAAUCGGAAAGAUUCAACGACAGUGACAGGUCUUUCCUGCACCUGCCCUCCAAAGGAAAUCGCAAUCAUGAGGAGCGCGGAUCUCGCCACGGCCGCCGAGGUCCUGCACCUUUACGCGUCGGAAAUUUGGACCGUGGUGCAGCUCGUCAUCGAGAGCACGAUCAAAGAUCUGGUAAAGAUGUACGUCUUUACAAAAUCUUGUUUGAUGGACUUGCUGACCUGUCAUCAUCUAGACGCUCGCCCGUGCGCAGGUUUGCACCGAUUUUGUAG